AUGUGUGUGUCUUCUCUUACCCCAGCCCAGCCCAACAAUGGGGAGGUGGUGUACCAGGACACCGCUGUGUACGGUGUGGUGGGCAAAGCCGUGAUCUUAGAGUGCGGGCCCACCGUACCCGACAUGUACAUAUGGAGCUUCACCAAGCCUGGCACUGAAGCCAUCAAGGCAGUGGUGUACGACUUGGGCCAAGGUCCCAAGAUCCAGAAACUGGCCCACACCCUCGGACAGGUGACGGUUAUCUUGAAAAGUGCCGAUGUCAGCAUCGACAAGCUGCCCGUGGCUGCUCAAGGUCUUUACACCUGCCAGGCCUUCUAUGACAUUGAGAACUCACCUGUAGUCUACUACUACUAUGUGCGCCUCACAGUACGAGUUCCAGUAACAAAGCCACACCUCUUGGUGAGCGAUGUCUCACCAGUGGAAGGAUCGACAAUAUGGCUACAAUGUAAUCUGGACAAUGGGACAGGCCCCAUCCAGUAUGUAUGGCAACAAGAAAACCGUCACGGAAACAUCUCGGCGUUCGCUCAAGGCAACACCGGUGUGGUCAACGUGACGGAGGUGAACCGUAACCAUACGGGCUGGUACCGUUGUCUGGCUAGCAACGCGGUCAACAGUGAGCAAUCUGAUCGGAUAUGGCUGGACAUUAUCUAUGGUCCGGACAUUCCUCAGAUCGACGUGACGCCUUACACAGUGACCGAGAGAGGUUACUCGGCCCUAGAGAGAGAGACGGUUUCCCUGCAGUGUCAAGCUCAGUCGAACCCGCCCAGCCAGUACGUCUGGUUGUACAACAGCUCGCAGGUUUACACCGGGCCGCAGCUCACCAUCACCAAAGUCCUCCGCAUGCACACGGGUGACUACGCCUGCCUGGCGCAGAACACCUACCUCAACACACGCUCCAAGAAAACAAUCAGCCUGACAGUUUACUAUCCACCAGAUGGCUCUCCUUCCUGCUCGAUGGAGCCAGUCGUGAAUCACACCUCCUUGAAACUACGCUGCUCCUGGACUGGUGGUUUCCCUUCCGCCAAAGUUCACUGGGCUAACCACUUGAGACGUGCAGGAGAAGAGACAGACGAAGGGCACGACAGCGAUAUCUUGUUGCCGUCCCAAGAUCUGUUUGGCAACAGCAGCUUGUUCACCUGCACGGGUUCUCACCUUGCACUUGAACAAUCAGUGGAGUGCAGCACACGAGCAUAUCUCCCUCCUUCGGAACCGGUGUGUUUAGCCUACGUGACAACCAACAAGCAGUAUCUAAUGUUGUCCUGUUCAUGGGAUGGAGGGGCACCCAAUGCUUUGGUGUGGUGGGAGGGUCCGGGUGGCCGUGAAACACCCAAGCAAGACAACUCCAACAUUCUGAACAUUCGCUACGGCACCGCCCGCAAUGGAAAACCUUACGUCUGUCAUGCAAAACAUCCACUUCUGGGUCAAAUUAAGACCUGCUGGCUCACGUUAGAAGCCCCUGUGUUGCUAACGCAGCGCAGGGUCGUGUCCGUGUACGAGGGAACCGACGUGCAACUAUCUUGCAACCUGAGGGCCAACUACCUUCCCACCAGUCAGAUAACAUGGUUCAAUAAUCACGGUUUGGACAUCCUGGAUGCAUCCAAGUACAUGCUACUGCGGACAUCAGCGUGGGCUAACCUGACGGUGCGAGACACAGAUGAGGCUCAGGAUAGCGGCGAGUACAGGUGCACCUCAAGCAACGCGGUGGGAGGAGCCGACCUCAACGUCACACUAGUAGUUAAGAAGCACCCCAUCCCACCCAAUGCCACCCUGAUCAGGGUGAUGUACGUUGGCCGCCUGCGGAACGAGGUGGAGCUGGAGUGGCAGAUGGAAGGAGAUGCCCAACAAGGCUGGACCGGAUUCGUCGUGCAGCACAGAGGUCUAACCGAGCGACCGGGAAGGAGAACGAGCAACAAUGAAUCAAUGGGGAGAACAGAAGAACGACUCAGUCCUGAAAUCUGGCAUGAGAACAUCAUCCAGGAUCCUGAUGUCAGGAUUCACAUUGUGGACAGGCUGACACCCACAGCAAAGUACCACUUCCGGGUCAUGCCUUUCAACUACAGAACCAUUGGGCAUCCCUCUGCAGCUAAGACGCCAGCCGAGCCACGUUCCAACAACUACCCUGCUGUGAUCGGUGCAGCCAUUGGCGGGAUGCUUUUUGCUGUCAUUUGCACCGUGCUGCUGCUCAUGUACAUUUUCCGCAACCGCAACAACAGUCCUCGACUACAUGACAUGUUGUUUGGCCUGCGUCACAGCCAAUCGAGGGAGAACAUUAAUUUCCCGGAGGAUGAGGGGGUCAGUGAGGCGGAGGGCGGCGGCAUACCAGAAAUGGGCAGCUCAUCCAGCCAAGGCAAGAGUCUGAAAAUACCUCGUGCGGCUUCACCCUUGGCCGCCGCCGACCCGGCCCCUCCCAUGGGGGACAACGAACCCGUCAAUGUCACCAUCACCGUCCAGGCGACUGGCUCCUGAAGCAUAUUACUCGCAAAGUCAUAGUAGUCUUCAUUUUUUUUGUGGCUUCCAAAAUUACAUCCUGUCCAUUUUUUUCCAUCUUAAGCCUGAAAUUUGCAGUUUGAACUCUCUUUAAAAAAAAAAGUCACUGUAACUGUAAAGUAAUUUAUUUAGUAAUCAAAAUUUUGAACAGUAACAACAUAAAAACAAAUCA